CGCCUAGGACCACUUCCUCCCUCUCUGUGUCCUUCACCGCGGCCUCUGAAUAGGAAGAGGCUCUCCUCAAAAUCGUCGCGGAUCCUGAUCAGGCAGUGAAGUAGACGACCCCGAGAAAGGCCGAGAGGGAAGGGACUGCGCAUGUGCGGGGCGCCGCUGCAAGAAUGGAGCUGUUGGGCGGUUGCUACGAACAGGUCCUAUUCGGAUUCGCGGUGCGGCCGGGCGAGAAGUGGGAAGCUGUUCCUGAUUUCACCCACCAUGCCCACAGUGCUUCAUUGUCAGCGCUGGCAACUAAUGAUAGAUAUGUAGUCACUGGCAGCAAGGAUGAAACCAUGCAAAUCUAUGAUAUGAAAAAGAAGGUAGAACAUGGUGCACUGAUGCAGCACAAUGGCACUGUAACUUGCUUGGAAUUCUAUGGAAAUGCUCACCUACUGAGUGGAGCUGAAGAUGGCUUUAUGUGUGUUUGGAACACAAAAAGAUGGGAAUGUUUGAAAUCCAUUAAAGCUCACAAGGGGCAUGUAACAUCCCUUUCUAUUCAUCCAUCGGGAAAGUUGGCUUUGUCAGUAGGUACAGACAAGACAUUAAGAACGUGGAACCUUGUAGAAGGAAGAUCUGCAUUCAUAAAAAAUCUAAAACAAAAUGCACAUCUUGUUAAAUGGUCACCCAAUGGUGAGCUAUAUCUGGUCGUUAUAGCAAACAAAGUGGACAUCUACAAGCUUGCAACUGCUUCGAUCUCUGGCACCAUUGUUACGGAAAAGAGAAUAUCUUCUGUAAAAUUUCUUACAGACCGCAUACUUGCCAUUGCAGGAGAUGAUGAAUUUGUACGGUUAUUUGACUGUGAAUCCCAAAAGUGUCUUUGUGAAUUUAAAGCUCAUGAAAACAGAAUAAAAGAAAUCAGCAGUUUUGAAAGGGAAGGUGUUUGUGUACUGGUGACUGCAUCAAGUGAUGGCUACAUUAAAAUGUGGAGCCUUGAUCUUGACCAGAUGAAGAAUGCACCAUCACUCUUAUGUGAAGUUAAUACUAAGGCUAGGCUCACCUGCCUAGCAGUGUGGCUCAAAAGAGAUCCAGAAACAAAGCAGACUUCUAAUGAAGUUCAUGAAGUGGAACUGCCAUUGAUUAAGAGGAAAGGAAUUUGUGAUCAGCCAUCAGAGGAAGAAAGCCAGGAGGUCCCAGUGAAACGAAAAGUUCCAGAUAAGAAGCAAAAGAAGAAGAAAAAGUCACAAAGAUUAAAAUGAAAAUGUACUUUGUUAUAAUUUGCAGUGCUGAAUUUGUAAUAAAUAAUCAGAAAUUAGUUUCACUUUCUUUCUAAGGCAGUUUCCCAACUUAAAUGCAAUAUAUUGUUGUUCCGUUUAUAACAGCCCAUUCUAUGAAUAUUUAUAUGAAGUCACCAUUUUCUUAGAACAGUAACUGUUCUCAGAUGUUGAGUGGGGGCCUUAAAAAUCCUAAUUCAGAAGGAUUUACAUCUGCUUGAAAACUGUUAACAAAGUCUGCAGCUUGUUAUAUAUAAUGGCAUUGUAAAGUUUAUUUUCAUAUUUCUAAUAUCCAUUAUGCUUUUAGAAGGGCCAUGAGAUACAGAAAACUACUUAGCAACAUUUCCACAGUUAUUGAUUUUAUUCUGGCAAGUUUGUCUUCUUUAGCACUAUUUGUUGCUCUUUGGAACAAAACUUUCCCAUUUGAUUUUAAUGUGUUGGAUUAAAUGAAGACUCCAUAUAUUUUUGGAUGCAUGCUCGGAACACAUCUCUCGCUGUGCCAGCAUGUUUGCUUCAACAAAGAGCAAAGUUAUUUAUUCAAAUUCUCAAUAAAGUAGAUCUGUUUCCCAAAUCGGGAUGCAAAAAUCAUGUAGCAACAUUUGAAAAAAAUUCUGUUCCUGGUUUAAAAGUGUUAUUUCCUGUUUAAUUGUGUUGUACUUACUUUGUAAGUAGCUGAACCUUCGUUUUUGUGACUGCUACAAACUAUGUUGAUUAGUUGAGACUCUAUGAGAUACCCAUUGAAAAACUAUAGCAAAAUGUGCUGCAGGAUGUCCCGCAAAAACAGUUUAAUAAACUUUUCCCAAGUUUUUAUGAUAGAACCAAUUAGGAAAUGAUAUUUAUAACCCAAGAACAAAAUUAUGUUACAUAGUGUUAUCAUCUGUGAUAAUAAACCAUUUCAUGAAUUGCAAAGCAGAGCUGGCAAUUUGAAUAAACAACCAGUUAAAAUAAAGUGGUUUUGGCAACAAAA